AUGGUAAAGGCAGAGUUCGAGCAUCACAAUGGACCUCCAAGAGACCUCGCCAAGGAUCUGGACAAGUUCAUCGAAGACCAGCUCCUGCCAGACAGUGUUUUCCGAGAGAGGGUCGAUGAAGCCAUUCACAUCAGCUGCAGUUUCCCGAAAGAGAGGUGCUUCCUCUGAGGUGACGGCCACCCGGUCCGUGUGUUGAGGGUGGUAAGGACGUUAGUUCCCAUUCUCCUCCUCUGUUUUGAUCACCAAGAAGAGUUCAUCCAGGAAAUCAGAAGAAAGCUGGAAGCCUGUCAAAAAGAGAGAAUUUUUGCAAUGAAGUUUGAGAUCCAGGAUAAGGGAACAGGGAGAACCACUGAGAUGCAGAGUCGUAGGUGGGGGAAUCCCCACCCGAUGGGGACCCCUCGCUCACUCAGCUUCACGCUCUGGUCCCAGAGCUGUCCAGAGGGGGUGGAAUUUGAUGUCCUGCCCACCUUUGAUGUCCUGGGUCAGGUGAUAAAAGACUACAGACCUGACCCCCAAACCUACGUCAAGCUCAUCCAAGAGUGCGAACGCCUGGGGAAAGAGGGGGGGUUCUCCACCUGCUUCACAGAGAUGCAGCGAGUCUUCCUGAAGCAGCGCCCGCCCAAACUCAAGAGCCUCAUCCGCCUAGUCAAGUACUGGUACCAAAAGUGUAAGAAGGACGUUGGGGAGCCCCUGCCGCCUCGGCACUCUCUGGAGCUCCUGACAGUCCAUGCUUGGGAGCGUGGAAGCAGGGAAGCAGACUUCAUCACGGCAGGGUUCCAGACCGUCUCGGAAUUAGUCGUGAACUACGGGAACCUCUGCGUCUACUGGACAAAGUAUUACGACAUUAACCAUUCUGUGAUUGGUCCAUACCUGAGGAGGCAACUCCAGAGACCCAGGCCUGUGAUUCUGGACUCAGCUGACCCUACAGGAAACGUCGGUGCUAACAGCCCACCAGAGAGCUGGGAGCGACUGGCAAGAAAGGCUGUACUCCGUGCCAACGCUGUGCUCUGCGGCCCUGCUGCUGUAAAGGCCUGUCGUUCCGUUGAGUUCCACGCCUCAGAGCUGGGGAGCCCCUGGGCAGCCAGACCCGGUGCCGCGAAAGGGAAAGCCAAGGCGAGAAACCGCGACUGGGAAGGGAACCGGAAGUGA